GAAUUUAAUACUCUUUUAGAAGAGAAAAAGAUGAGCGGCGUAAGGAAAGGGCCGCCGAAGCACCAGAACAAAGUCGCCUGGAAACCUAACGCCGGUAUUAAAAUCAAUGAAACGGAAGUUGGUGGAAAAUUUAGGCCUCUCUCAGAAAUAACAGGAGUAUGUCUUCGUUGUAGAGAUCAAAUUGAUUGGAAACGCAAGUAUGGAAAAUACAAAGCCCUUUCGGAACCUGCUAAGUGUCAGAAGUGUUCGAAAAGAAACGUGCGUCAGGCUUACCACAAUCUCUGCAAUGGCUGUGCAAAGGAGCAUAAAGUAUGUGCCAAGUGUUCAUGUCGUGUUGGUCAAGUGGUUGGAAGAGAUGUUUCAGAAGUAGAGGCUGAGAAAAAGGCUCUUGAGGAGGCUAUCAAGAAUGCUCGAGAACGGGAUAGGCGGUCACUUCUACGUGCUAUGAACAAAGGGAAGUCUCAGAGUUCAGAGAAAGACCCAACUCAAAAUGACAUGAAGGUUGGUGAACUGUUUACAGCUUCAUCACUUGAGGAAUAUGCCGAGGUAAACCGUGAUGAUGAGGAUGAUGGUGAUGAUGAAGAUCAAGUCCAAGUUAAAUGAGAUGUGCAUUUUGGAGAAUAAAUCCCAUAUAGCGCUUUAUAGAUCUCCCUUCAUGGCCCCUAGUUUGAUUCACACUAGCUCAUUUCUAUUGGCAGCUUUGGAGAAAAGAAGUUAAAUUUGUUGGCUACAAUGGAUACAGGCUGUUUGGUUUACCUUCCCUUUUACAGUAUAGGUCUAAGGUUGAGAUCAACACACUAUCCCAUUCCUUUUCGCUUUCAGAUUUUCUUAGCCAGUGAAGAGUUUUGGGAGUGUAAUAUAGGCUAAAAUAGAUUCCUAAGCCUAUUAAAUGUAAAAUAGGCUAUAGUAUGAGGUGAGUAGUUAUAAGCUUUGCAGCAGAGAUCCUUUAGCCUAAAUUUAAUUCCUGUUGGGGUAGUCUUGUUGAAACUUCAUCUGAAUAUGCGAUUCAGCUUAAAAGACAGCUUGCUUUGUGAUAAUGUGAUGUAAAGAGCAUUGAUGUUUUGCUAGUCAAUUUACUCA